AUGCAAGAAAAUAUAACCAAAGCUAUAAACGACAACAUCAACCAAAAAUUCACAAUUAUGGAAAAUAGAACAAGCAACCUACAAAUAAAAAUAAAUAAACAACAAAAAACAAUAGAUUAUUUGGAAAGACAGGCUAGAAAGAAAAAUUUAAUAUUAUAUGGAGUAGAAGAGACCGAGCAUGGAUACGAAGAAUUGCAAAGUAUAUGCUACAUAAAAAAUCACAUGAAGAUUUCCAGAGAGCAGUCUGAAAUAGAACUUGUGAGAAGACUUGGUAAAAAGGAGAACAAGACAAGACCUUUAUUGGUAACAUUUACAAAAAUGGGAAGGAAAAUUUAA